ACACAUACGUACACACGUACGCAAGAACGCACGUCUUGCAAGCCAAGUGAAAGCCACAAUUGCUUGAUUCUGCGGAAAAAAUUGUGAAUAUUCAUGCGUAUGCUUACUAGGUAGUGUAAAAUUCGGGUGAUUUGGGCUGAAAAGUAUAAAUACCACCAGACGGUGAUGAAAUACAGGUUAAAUGUUGCUUUUACUUGCCAAGUGUGAGUGAAUGUGUGUUUGGCAGUGGUCCCUUGCUAGCCGUGGUGGUCCCUCUGCAGUUAGUGGUCCCACUAGCGUUCCCCCCUCCCGCUACCACCAUCACCAGUGAUCCCUUUUGUGAUGGAAUGAUAGCAAAUUGUGUAUACAAACAAAUAAAGGGGCAAGAGAAAAGCGUGAAAAGUGCGUAAUUGAGUGUCGUGAAAAGGCUGCCAUAGGGCUCGUGGAAGCAGGGUGGAACAACGCUCGGGGAGAGGGAGCUCCUGUUCACGCCUUUUUUCUGGGGGCAGUUCUCUAAAAUUGCGUUGAAAAGAUUGCCAUGCUCUCCUCCCUUGUCCCGGAUGUGUGAAGUGUUGUGCGUGUGAGUGUACAUAUGAACAUUCAACCGUUUGUGAUCAGUAAAGUGAAACAAUAAAAGAGAAGAAAAACGAUUGCUUCGCAGAAUUUGCUCGACUCCUUUCCCUUCUUUGUGUGUGAGUGCGUGCGUGUGUGUGUCAAUCACUCCAUUCCAGAGCGUCAUCGCGAAUGGCGGAGCUGCUAGUUGCUGGUUCGGCCGCCAGAGGGCAUCGUGGCGUGGAGCUGUCAGUUUGCGUGUUGUCCCGUUUGCUGGCUCCCGUCGCACGUCCGUCGUUCGUAGAAGAAUGAGGAUUUGUUGGCUGUGAUAGAGAGAAGAAAAAAGAAAAGCGGUGUCGCAAGUAGUUUUAGGCCUACAUCAGCCGGGUGAAUUGUUUUUUAAUUGGAAAUCACCCAUCCAACGUUUUAUGCUGCCAACGAUUUUGUAAAGAAAAAAAAAAGUUUGUUUUACCAUACCCGAUUGUUAGAUAGUUUGUGAGUUGAAGUGUAGCAGUGUAAGAGCACCACCGAAACAAUGGAACAUUUUAGAGCGUGAAUGUGUGGCGGGGCGAAAGGGGAGCCGCCAUCGACGAGAUUGUUGUGUUGCGUGAAAACGGAAUUGUGGCGAGCAGCAGUUCGAUAAAGGCCAGCUGUUGGUCGCUGUUGGCGUUCGUAAGAUGGCACAAUACUAUGAGAUUGUACAGCAGGACGAACUAAAGAAUGCCUAUCAGCAGAUAAAUAUUGACAACGGAAUUCAGCUGGUGAUGGGCGACGAUGUACAGUUUGGCUCACAGCAAGUGAUUCUUUCGCAGGAGCAACCGAAUGAAGUGCAGCUGAUCGGUGGCGUCUAUCAAACAGCGCACCAAAUUCCACAGCAGCAGCAGCAGCAGCAGCAUCACCAGCAGCAGCAUAUACAAGACGCAAACUAUCUUGGACAGGCGAACACGUCCAUGGUUGCAGACACGUACAUGCAGUCGCCUAUGGCCACCCAGCAAACACAGCUCCAGCAUCAGCAACAGCAGCAACAGCAGCAGCAACCCCCUCUCCAACAGCAGCAGCAGCAGCAGCAGCAGCAAAUUUACUACACUGACGAAAGCACCGGGCAGCUUGUCCAGGCGUCGAAUAUUUUACCGCAAGAACCCUUGCUCGAUCCGCAGCAAACGCUGCAUGUUAUGCAAACGGCUUCGGAACAGCAGCUACAUCAGCCACAGCAGCAAAUUCUGCACCAACAGUUGACGCCGCCACCCCAGCAGCAGCAACAGCAGCAACAACACCAAUCGCCUGUACAGCAGCAGCAAAUCACGCACCAUCCAGUGGUUCAGGUUGUUCAGGGAAUACAGCGUCACGGCCAGCAGCACAUCAUAAUCCGGCAAACGGAUCAAUCAAAGUCCCUGCAAGGGGGCUUGCAGCAGACCCAGCAGCAGCACAUACUCACCCACCAGCAGCCCACCCAGGUGAUACUUCAAUCCCAGGGCACGUCACAGCUGAUCCAACGGCAGCAGCAACAGCAGCAGCAGCCACAACAGCAGCAACAAACUGACCAGUCCAACGCGCAACACAUUAUAUACGAUCAGAUUUCUUUGCAAUCCCAACAGCAACCACAACAGCAGCAGCAGCAGAUCGUUUCACUGUCGACGAUUCAUCAAACAGGAGGUGGUCCCGUUCAGCAGCAACAACAGCAGCAGCCACAACAGCAGCAGCAGCAGCAGCAGCAGCAGCAGCAGCAGCAGCAGCAUCAUCAGCAGCCGAAGCCUUCCCAGCCACAAAUUACACAGAUUCAACUGCAACAACUACCCCAACAGCAGCAGCAACGUGUGUUUAGCAAAGGCGCUUUAACGCUCACUGCGCAGCAACAUCAGCAGCUGUUCCCGCAGCAGCAGCUCCAUCCAGGUGCACCCCGUCACUGUAUUCUACUAACGAAAACGGGCAAUCAGCAACACAUUGGCGGUACACAGAUUGUGCUCAAUCAGCAGCAGCAGCAGCAGCAGCAACCGAUUCAGAUGCAAAGCAACGUGGUACAGCAAUCGGCCAUGCUUACCACCCAGCAGCAACAACCCGUUCAGCAGCAGCAGCAGCAGCAGGCGCUGAAACAGGAUGGACAGCAACAGCAGCAGCAGACGCAAACCACGGUCGCGGCAGUACAGCUGGCCCAAUCCGCUGUGCCGAAAGGGGGCGCUGCCGACACGCUGCUUCGCCCCCGAUUGACGCGCCCACGUGGGGCGAAACCGGCUGCCCCUCGGCAACCGCGCUCCAACAUGGCCACGGUGAACGCGGUACAGAUGCGCGGUCCACGACCACCGACGACGACCCAGAUCAUUACGACACAGAUACGCGCACCGGCCCAGGUCGCGACGUCGGUUAGCGGUGGGACAGUGAACGCACAGCAGUCGGCACAGCAAACCGCCGUUUAUCAAGGCAUCACCGCACGGAACGUAAUGGUUGGGAAUACGCGCGCCAAGCUCCUGACGAUUAACCGAACACCGCAGGCGGGGGGGCUUGCCACGUACCAAAACCCACCGCCUCGGCUAACGGUCAUGCAUCGUACCAACCCGGGCCCAACGUCGGGACAAACUUCUAUUCCCAUUUCUCAACAGCAGCAGCAGCAACAGCAGCAGCAACAAAUGCAACCACAAUUGCUACAGGUCAGCUUGGCAUCGAUCGUGCAGCAACCGAACAGUGCAACUGGCUCGCCAGUGACAACAGUGUCGACCGCGACCGGCACAGCACCGGCAACGGGCGGGACAGCCACUGCGGUCGUCCAUCCGUACAAUGUGGGCAAACCGGCGGUGGUGGUGAAAACGGAACCGGAAGCUGCUACAUCUGAGACCGGCUCGGGUGAGAUGAUCGACCUGGAGGAUAGCAUUAAGGCUGCUGUACUGCCCCGGCGGGCCGGCACUGAUGAGGUUGGUUCGAGCGGCACCGGAACUCUCUCCAUUGCCGGAACGUCCGGGCCGAUCUACACCAUUCACACCCAGCAGCCGACAAUGCAGCACCAGCAGCAGCAACGGGUCGCCACCACCAACGGUCUGUCCUUUGUUACGAACGAUCCGAACAGUUUGAUUCACCUCGCCAACGGUCAAACGGUGACGUCGGCACAGUUUCGCACAUUCCAAGAGAAGCAGCAACAGCGGCAGCAGGAGGCCUUCCGGGGCGGCUUCAGCCAGCAGGGUCGCGGCCGUGCCCCGCAGCGUGGCAUGAUGAUCCGCCAGCGGGGUGGAGCCGUCGGCCGCCAGAUGGUAGCGAUACAGGCGCCUCAAGCGCAGCCGACAAUGAUGGCAACGUCCGCGCCGCAGAUUACGCUUCCGCAGGGCCCGAUCCACAUCUCCGCGGCGCAGGUGCUGCAGAAUCAGGGCAUGGUGCAGCCGGCCACCCAGCUGCAACUGCAAACCGGCACGCUGCAGCAGGUGACGCCCACCACUACCCUCCGGCAGGUGCAAACGAUCGGGCCGCAGACGGGCGAGACGGAGUUUCGCGAGAGCGCCCGGAUGCUGGUUAUCCUGCAGAGUGGCGAGCAGCGGCUGAUCACGUUCACCCUGCCGAAGGAAAGCUGCACCGUGCAGGAUCUGCUCGAGCAGGUGCAGGUGCAGUACUCGCCGGACAGCAACAUACAGUGCAUCUCGAACCCGGGCGGUGACGUCGACUACAUCGUCACGGUUGGCAUUGGCGAAUCGGAAACGGCGGAAGUGAUCCGGCAGGCGGAAAUUACGCUUCGCAGCCAGUUCCAGCUGAACAAUCAUUCGCAUCAGUCGCAACCUAUGUUGCAGCAGCAGCAGCAGCAGCAGCAGCAGCAACAACAACAGCAGCAGCAGCAACAGCAGCAACAGCAGCAGCAACAACAGUUGCAACAGCAGCAGCAACAACAGCAGCAGCAGCAACAGCAACAACAGACGAUGAUUCCACAAGCAUGCGUUAUUCAGCAGCCGCAAACAAUGAUGAUUACCUUGCAAUCACAGCAACCACAGCAGCAACAGCAGCAGCAGCAGCAGCAUGUGAUAUCACGGUUUGCCGACUCGUACCGGCAAACGAUAUCGCUCGGCACACCGGUAUCGAUCGCUACCUCAUCCGGCACGAUGCAAUCGCUGCUGCAAACGACCACGCCGGAAACCGCCGGCCCAGAGGUGAAGCAAAAGCUGAUCAAAGGCUUCCUGGCGGUGUGUGCCUCCUGCGGCUACACCGGGCUGGAUCAUGCCAAAUGCCAGCGGUGCAAGCGGAUCUUUACCGAGUCACCGCGCCGCAUUCCGGAGCCGGACAAGACGCCGGGUGCCGCCCUGACGCCGGGUGGCUCCCAUCCACCGCCGCUCGUAACGUCCACGCCCAUGAGCGGACCGGUGCGGAACAAGUACGAUAUCUACGCGAAGAAGCAAGCGAUGAACACGAUACUGUUGCGGUCCGGCCGGGGCGGCUCGGCACGGUCCGGGCGGGGCCGAGGCGGCCGGGCAAGCGUGGCUACCAAGUAUCCGGACGUCGAUCCGCCCGUGUUUACGCUGAGCAGCGACGACGAGGAGACGUCGACGAGCGAGCGCUCGAAAACGCUCUACAAAACAGCGGUAAAUAGUUCCUCGAAGGCAAAUGCUUCGUCACAGUCCAUUAAGCGGGAUCCGUUGCCAUGUGAACCAACAAACAAUGAGGCUGACACGAGCGCCGUCGUAAAUGACAAGCCUCGGUUGGACAUCACGGACGUGAAGAACCUGCCCGAUGGGCAGAUAACACAAAUAGAUUGCAGCACCAUACGGGUGGGCACGCUUAAGUAUGAGGCGAAUGAAAAGGUUACGAUCUCCUCUAAGGGCGUCCGCAUUGUGGCACCGAAUGUGAAGCGCCCGACCGAGUUCGUCAGCUUGGAUCUGCAAAUGAACGAGAUGAAGAAGGUGCUCACACACUUCUCGAAGGGAUUGAACGUGAUAUUUUUGUACACGAACAUUUCCGGCGGUGCGUACGUGCGCAAGCAUCUCGAGAUGGAUCCCAGCUCGGACAAACUGCCCUGUUUCCGCCCCGAAAUUGCUUCAAACGAUCUAACCAAGCGCAUCAUCCUGCUGGUGGACAGCAUUAGCGAGGAAGCAAAGUCCAUCAUAAAGAACAUCUUCCACCCGGAUCUGCUCGAGGAGAUCAGUAUUCGCGAUGCGAAGGAGCUGAUCCUGCGCUGUUCAUCGAGCCGCUCGUCCAACACGUCCAGCGCCGCGAACGCGCUGGUCGAUGCGAACGGGUCCGGCUCGAACGAUACGAACGAUUCGCUGGAAAUUCGCACGAUACUGAUCUAUCCGCCCGGCCCGGGGGGCAUUACGAUCAACACGGAGGAUUACCUGUGCCUGGCGAAGGAUCAGUACUUGAACGACAUCAUCAUCGACUUCUACCUGAACUACCUGAAGCUGGAAAUGCUCGACGACGGGGAGCGCCAGAGUGUGCACAUCUUCAGCACGUUCUUCUACAACCGGCUCACCACGCUCACGACCCGGCAGCGGGGGCCGCCCGGCGACAGGGGCGACGUGCGGUUGUCGGCGGCCCAGAAGCGGCACGCGCGCGUCGCUAACUGGACGAAGAAGGAUAACAUCUUCGACAAGAAGUUCAUCGUCAUUCCAAUCAACGAGCAGUCGCACUGGUUCCUCGCCAUCAUCUGCUUCCCCGGGCUGGACUGCCCGGUCACGGCAAGCAACAACACACCGGCACCGAGCGUGUCGACCGUGGCGAAACCGAAGCCGAAAAGUGCACCACGCUCGAAGCGCAAUCUGACGAUGCAGAUCGGCAGCACGACGAUAACGCCCGUGUCGAAGCGCGAGAUCGAAUCGAUCCACCUGGCGGACGAUGACAUGUGCGAGCGGGACGAAGCGGACGGGGACGAGAGCGAGCUGGCGACCGACGCGGAGGACAGCGACGACGAACCGUCCGACGAUGGUCGACCACCGAUCAAGCAGCCCUGUAUUUUAAUUUUCGAUUCGCUGACCGGAGCGUCCAGGAGCCGGGUGGUGGCCACACUGCGCGACUACCUGACUUGCGAGUACCGGGUCAAGAUGCCGGACAAGCCAGCAAAACAGUUUAACAAGCUCAACAUGCCCGGCCAUUGCGUGAAGGUACCGCAGCAGAACAACUAUACCGACUGCGGCCUGUAUCUGUUACAGUACGUGGAGCACUUUUUCCUGGAUCCAAUUCUGGACUACCAUCUUCCGAUAAAGCAGCUGCAGGAUUGGUUCGAAACCAUCACGGUGACGAAAAAGCGCGAAGACAUUUCCAACCUCAUCAAAGAGUUGAUCGACAAACAUGACCCCAGUGCGCCGCCGUUACCAUCGAUCGAGCUACCUACGCUAAAUGGUAAAUUGAUAAUCGAUCCCGACGACAGCCUAAACGAUGCCGAGUUCGAGGAGGAGGAGAUGGAACACGAUGAAGAGUUUGUCAGUGCGUUCGACAUGACGCCCGACACGGAUGAGCAGCUUUCCUCGCCGGCCAAGGGGACCGACGGAAAGGCCGCCGAAACUAUCAUUACCAGCAGCCCGCCCGUCAAACCGAUCGGUUCGAAGAAAAUCAUUAACUUUAAGCGCUUAGGCGGUCAGUCGCUGAUAAACCGGUCGUCGUCCAGCGGUAACAACCUGCAGGACGGUGGUACCAGCUCCACGGAGGGAGGAACAACUAAAGCGGCAACCUCCUCCUCAUCCUCCACCUCCACGACCACUUCCAGCAGCAGCAACAGCAGCAGUAGUAACAAUAAUAGUAAUAGUGGGACGGGGAAUACGAAACGGCUGCUGGAUGGUAAUGGCAGCAAGCUGGCGGGCAGCCAGCAGGACGGUAGCGUGCGGCAAAAGAUACCCCGUCUCAGCAACGAUAGUAGUGCGAGCAAGGUGGUAACGACACAGCUAUAACGCCAGCCGGCUGAUAACGGUGAAUAAAACUACUCAGCGAGUUACUAUCACUACUACUACUACUACUACUACUAGAACUAGCAUUGCUACUACAACUACUAAUACUACAUCCAGUACAUAUUACUAUUGAUAUUCGAAGUUAAAAGUGCAGCAUCAGUGAUAAAGCUCGGUGGCACAAAAUGUGUGUGCUGCAGUAAAACGUAAUGCAAGUAAAUUUCAAUUCAAUAUAAAAGAGAAAAUUAUGCUGAGAUACGAACAAGA